UGUGUUUUUUUGGUAUUCUGAAGCUGUAGUUAAAUGUUUGACACUGCUGUUACUAUAACAUCUGAUGUGAAGUGUCUGAGUAAGGUGUACAGGCAGCUGCUGACUAAACAAGGUGGGACUGUUCUUCAGCAAGAUGGUUUUCCUGAUCUGAUUCACUGUGUGGCCACAUAAAUGUGCAAGAGCAGAACAUGGAUGUUCUUGGGAUGAGUGAAGCAGUUGCAGAAGCUGGUAGUCCUGCUGGUUUUGAUCUGUUUUGUUUUCCUCUGAAACAACAUCCUAGCAUUGCAGAAAAAUAUUAGAAGUGCUGUUGUUUGAGUUCUGGUUUGUAGAAACCCACAGUUUGGGGUGAAAAUGCACAGAAAUGCCUGUUCUGUGCAGGCAAAUCUGCUCCUCUUGGUAUUGCAGAGCUCUGCCUUUGUGGCAGACAAGGGGAGCAGCAGAGGAACAGAUUUCUUUUUGUAGUGUCUUAACAUUGACCACUCAUACAAGCUUCCCUUUGAAAUCUCUUUGGGAAUCUUUGAGAAGUGAAUUGCCAUCAAGUGCCAUUUAGUGUCUGUCUGUCUGUAGCUCACAACACAGUUUGUCCUGCAUUUCUGCGUGUGGAUGACCUGGAGGCAACCCCUCAGUGGGACACCAGAGCUCUCCUGCCUGCAGAGCGUGCUGCUAUCUGAUUACUGUUACUUAAUAAUCAGUUGGCCUGGACAUUAGGUUGCGAAAAUUUGAACAAAUUGUAAACUGUUGAACUUUACCCUGCACAUAGAGCUUAUUUCCCUGCCCUCUUCUUAUUGCUGACAGGGUAUUUAAUGAAAACAAAUCUAUGUUAAAACAAGCGACUACAAUUAAGAGCAGGAGAGCUUGGCUUGGCUGCUGUCUGUGGUGGUCAGCUUUGUAGUGCUGGCUCUUGUACUUGGGAUUUUUCAUCGGAGGCCAUGGAGCUUUCAGCCAACGAGCUCAGCAUCUAUGACAAGCUAUCAGAGACAAUUGAUCUGGUGAGACAGACUGGGCACCAGUGUGGGAUGUCAGAAAAAGCCAUCGAGAAAUUCAUCAAGCAGCUCUUGGAAAGAAAUGAACCCCAAAGGGGCCCUCCCCGCUACCCUGUCUUAGUGGCCAUCUAUAAGGGCCUGCUCACACUGGGACUGGUCUUGCUAACUGUGUACUUUGUGAUCCAGCCAUACAGCCCGCUGCCACCUGAAACUCCACUCUCCAGAUCCCACGCCUGGGGCUCCCUCAUCGGUCACAUCCGGCUGCUCUCUCUCCCUAUUGCCAAGAAGUACAUGCUUGAGAAAUGCCAGGACUGGUGGGCAGCUGGUUGCAGACAAAACACUUCUACCCUUCCUGCAAACUGCACAGCAUGUUCUACUGUGAAAAGCCUUCAGAUUGUGACAGACAUCGGGAAACUAUCAGAAAAACUCCAGAGGUCUCAGCCUUUUCUAAUCAAGACAGGACAAUCUCUCUCCUAUGAAGAACUAAAGCACUUUCAGUCCCAGGAUCCUGAACUGGCAAAGAUUAUAAUAGAAGAAAAUUCAUCUGAACUGUGGAGCUGCCUCCCGAGACAGAGCUUCCCAUUUUUCCUUCCUUGGAACAGGUCUGUGAACAGAACUCAGAUUCUGCAGGAAUUUUUCCCUACUUCCUCCUUGCUGUCUUUUCCCAAGACAGUCUCCCUAGAGAACUGCUUUCUCAUCCGCCAUCCAGAUUUGGGGAAUAAGAGCUACAGUUUGCACAGCCUUUUUGUUGUUGGAAGUGGACAGCUCACCCUGACUGUUGUACCUCUGGACAAGUGCAGAGGACACUGUGAGAUGUUCAAGGUGGAUCUGGAAGCUGGAGAUUUGGGUUAUGCCAGCAUGGAUUACUGGACGAUGAGCUUUGUGGCCAAAGGGACAGAGCCGGCGGUUGUUUGUUAUGGAGCUGCUAGCUAAGGACUGUGGCAUAGGAAAACAAGCUACUUCCAGGCAAGAAGACUUUCAGCUUUGAAGCCAAGGCAACAUCUUGAAAACGAUAGAGUGGGGCAACUGUGACAGGCAGCUUUGCCACCCUGCAUGUUUACAGUGUUAAAAAAUGACUGUUGUCCUGACCCUUGAGGUAAUUCUUUGCCUUUUCUCAGAUGUAUUUUUGGAGAAGCUCAAGCUAUUUAUGACCUUUCCUGUCCCCUCAGGUAAGCUCUGGGCUGGCAGCAAGGGUUUUUUCCAGGAGCAACAGAAGGGUUUCUCAGGAUGAGAUUAAUCUUGUGUCCUUUCUGGAUUUAUGGCACUUCUGAAACUUCGAGGGGGGGGAGGGAACACUGGGAGUGGAGGCUGUGUGUGACAUUUCUGUAUACAUUCCUCCUGGGGAGGAGGUUUGAAGCCUGACAUGUCAGGCCAUCUCUAUAAAGGGAAUGAAUUGACAUAUCCCACCUCCACCCCAUCUCUCUCACACGUGUAGCUGUGGGCCUCAGCAGUGUGCCCUGCAUCGCCAGCCUCAGCUCUGUGCUUCUGGGCUCACACAAGCACUGCAGCCUCAGUGCAGAGAGCCUCACUCACCACACCAUUCUUGUACCAAAUUAAUCUGUUCAGACCUCUGUGAUCUCCUGCAGCUCUCUAUCAGCAGGCUGGAGGUGAGUCAAACUGUGACUGUGCUUUCUUCCCCGCUGCUUUUCCUACAACAAAAAUGCAGGUUUCUGUGAGGUGCUGAGAGUGCAGCAGUAGUUCUGUUUGGAGACAGGGCUGGAUGCAGAGAAGCUCUCUGCAAGAUCAUCUUUUGAUUGUGCACCUGAGACGUCGGGGUUCAUAGAUCCCUUGCUUUGAGGUACUGCCUGUGUUCCCAGCCCAGGCUACCUGUGGGAGCACCAGAAAUUUUCCAUGUCCCUAGCUUUUUUUUUUGCUUUUUUUUUUUUUGGUCAUCAAUUUCUUCCAGACCUGAAACUUUGUCUUCAGAAUGAAUGUUGGUUUUUCCUGAGUCUGUUCCAAGCUGCCUUCGCAUGCUUCCUGUUGCUUGAGCAACUGCUUUAUCCAGUGCCCUGAGAGAGGCUUGGUUUCAGUGUUUGCAGGCUGCGGAUGCUGCUGUCCCUUCCAAGUUUGAUCCUUUGGGUCUGUUCCUGCUGCUGAAGAUCAUUUACAGAUGUGUCAGGCUGAACUCAUAGGCCAGGGCUGGGGUUCAGGACAUACUCUCACACUUGUUAAUAUGGAAUUGGGAGGGGUUUUGUUUGAAAGCAAGUUAAACUCCGCUCUCAGGAGCAAGAACCUUUUCCUCUGUAAAUAUUUUAGAUAUACUUAAAAUGAUAGAUUGGAAAAAUGUCUACCCAGCCUUUGUUUUUGAACAAGAGCAGGCACAUGGGAGCAAAUGUCUUAGUAAUCUUAUUAAGGGCUGACUGCAGCUGCCAAGUGGGAUGACCACGUCUGGCUCCUGCACAAGGAUAAGGCAGAGGACAGUUCCUGCUCCAAAGAAUUUAGCCUGAGAGAAUGUAGUCUGCAUCACAAACAUUUCUCUGCAUAACCCUUGUUUUUCCUCCUGUAAGCUAGUGAGAACAGCCCCAGCACUUGUGUUAGUCUGUGUGUUUGGCCUUUCACACUGGACCAAUGUGCUCCAGGUCCAACAGAACUGAAGGAGGCUGACUCUGAACAGAAAAAGACUAAUUUAAUUUGUAGUAAAAUAUUAAAGGGAAUUGGAUUAAUCAGACUUCUGUUAAUAUUGUUGAUGCUUGGGGUGUGUUUUACCCUUGUGACACAACAUGCAAUCUUGUACAUGCCAGCACACACACACACACACCACCCCUCUCCCUCUCCUUAUAGCCUGGAUCUUAGUUAAUGGAAAUUCAGGAGAUCAGUGAUGCUGGAAUUAGGGCCCAUGUAGUGACUGUUGCUAUUUACACUUUGGCAGCUUCUCAAGUCAAAUUCAAAGAUUGACAAGGUUACCUCACCUCUCACUGUUUUUGUACCCGGUCCAUUCUGUAACACAUUGGUUGGAGGUGCACGUGGAAAGGACCUGCUGGGCCCAUGCUGCUGGGAUUGAGGGCGAUUUGGUGAUGCAGUUACUUCUAAGCACCCUUGAAUGAAACUUUUAAAAGAGCUGCGGAGACAAUGAGUGUCUGUGAGAUGCCUGCAUUUUGAGUGUCACACUUAAGCCGUUGUGGCUGUCUGGAUCCUUUGGGGAAAAAAGCAGAGAAAAUGGAUCUAUUUAAGUCGCUGUUUACACUGGGGGAAGGGGGGACUCUAGGGUAAGUUUGUGCCUACUUAGCAAAAUGCUCUCACGUGUUGCUUCCCCACUGCUCAGUGUUACAGCUGGUUGGCCAGGAGAUGGUGGAUCUGGACUUGUUGGCAGAUUAGCUUUCCAAGUGCAUUUUAUGGUCUCUGCAUAAAGUUUCCAGAUCUGCGUCUAGGUGAUACAUUGCAUAUGUCCCAACCUUACUCCCUUUGGAGUUUACAUCAUUUGUUUUUAAACUUCCAGUAUAUUUUCUCUUCCUUUUCCAAGAGCUGUAAGGAAUUAGCUGCUAAGCAGAAACAGGAGGGCAAUUCUCUUGCUGAUAAAGAGCUGAUUUUGGCCACAGCUGCUGCUGAGUGCAGAGCCUCAAUCUGUAGUGCAGCUUCUCGAGUAGCUGCUGUUGUCAGUUGCCAGAGGAGCAGUGCUAACACCUUCCACACUGCAGCACAGGCAGGGAGCCGGGCACCAACAACUCGGAGGUGAGGCCAAAGUGGCAAAAUUCAGAUGGCCAAAAAGAGGUUUGGACACUUUGGCCACGUGGCUGCAACUGAGCCCUGGCCAUCUUCCCUAUCUGGGGCUUCACAGAACCUCACCUCACCGUAGAGCAGGCAGCUCCUAGCGAGCUGCUGAGCCUGGUGCAGAAUUGAGGGGAACGUGUCUGUUUUCUCAGCUAUCAAGAGAUUGCAACAACAAAUGUGAUUGGAUGAGUCACAGCGUGUGUGUCGUGGUCUCUCUUGCCUCUAGCUUUGUUUUGGCACUUGUGCACCCUGCUUUGGGUAACACCCCACUUCCCAUCCUAGCCAGCCCAGCUAGUAAAUGUGUGCAUCCUUAUUCUUAACAUUUCCAUGCUUCAGAACUCUUUGCCUAUGAGCUGGGAGAGAGGGAUUUCUAUUCACCUGACAUCCCAGAGGUUGCAAAGCUUCUCCGAAGUCACACCAGUGAGGCACUGAGAACUUGGUGGGCAGAAGUGUGGAAGGGCCAUUUCUCUGCUCCUUGAGCUGGAGAGAUGGGAUGCUGGACCUUGGGAUGGUUGUGCUUUAAAGCUGGUUUCCAAAAGCAGGGUCAUUGACCAUUGUUCUGAGUCCUGAACUCAAGGAGGAGCAAGGAGCGUUGUUUCCUUCAGUACCAGGAAAUCAGCAUCACUUCUAGGGGCCAAGCUGACAGUUUCUAUUGAUUGUUUUCUGUCUAUCUCUGCUGAUCCCAGCACCCAGCUGCCUUUCUAGGCUCAGGUUUCCUGGGCCUUUGGCUUCUCCUGCUGUAAGGAUCUGGCAGGGAAGCUGGUUUUACUGCAAGGAGCUGGGCUGGCUCAAAGCACCUCCCUUCUGUCCCUGGUUUUGUAGCAGCAAGCCCAGCUCACGGCGUGGGAACUCCCUAAGUGAGAAGAGGUGUCCUCUUUGCAAAUUCUGUUUGUAGAGCCAUGUGUUUUCCCCUUCAGGAAACUAAUUCUCAUAAAGCAUAGGUUUCAUGUCCUGCUGAGUUAAAUAAGGGAGAUGCUGGUCUUCCCCUUUACUUUUGAAGAUUCAAACCAAUGGCAGGUGAUUUAUUUUUUGUGCUGUAGGGAGGGGGAGGCAAUAUAAAGGCUCAGGGGUGCAGGGAAGUAAAGCUAUAUAUGCAUAAAGACUGUUUCAGUGCUGAACACUAUCAAUUCAAUGGUGGAUUAAAAGAAAAAGAAUGUAAAUAUGCAAUUGAUGCAGAAUUUUAUGGAUGGUCAUAAUUUAAUAUAUUGAGAACUCUGUAAAUACUUGGG